CAAUUCUCAUCCACUUCUUGGAAUCUUAAUAUUCCUUUUGAAUUUUCUAAGUAAUUUUGAAAUUUAUCAUAUUAGAUAUGGUUUUCACUAAUAGCCAUUGCAUUUUUCUACUUGUGACAUUGAUAAUUUGUCCUGCAAUUUGCUAUAGCCAAGAAGCCAAUUCUCUCUAUACUAGAGCAACUUAUUAUGGCAGCCCUGAUUGCUAUGGAACCCCUAGUGGAGCAUGUGGAUUUGGUGAAUAUGGGAGGACAAUUUAUGAUGGCAAAGUGAGUGGAGUCUCUGGGCUCUACAAGAAUGGAACUGGCUGUGGUGCUUGCUAUCAGGUUAGGUGCAAAGUACCAAGUCACUGCACAGACGAGGGGACAAAAAUAGUAGUGACAGAUUAUGGUGAAGGAGACCAUACAGAUUUUAUACUAAGUGUACGUGCUUAUACAGAAAUGGCUACUCCAGGAAUGGCUAAUCAUUUAUUGGCUUAUGGAGUUGUUGAUGUUGAAUAUCGAAGGAUUCCUUGUAGGUACUAUGGUUACAAUUUAAUGAUUAAAGUUCAUGAGAACAGCAGGUUUUGUAAUUAUUUGGCUAUUGUACCAAUCUACCAAAGUGGUGCAUUUGACGUUGAAGCUGUCGAGGUUUGGCAGGCAGAUUGCAAGGAAUGGAAAGGGAUGAGAAAGGCAUAUGGAGCAGUAUGGGACAUGCCAGAUCCACCAAAAGGAUCACUCACUUUCAGAGUUCAAGUUAGUGUCAAUGGAGAGGCAGCCAAAUGGGUGCAAUUGACUGAUGUUCUUCCUGAUGAAUGGAAGGCUGGCAUUGCCUAUGACACUUACCUUCUCCUUGACUAAAUUACAGGACUAGAUUUACUUACACACAAAACUUUAUCACAAUAUGAUGUUUCCUACUAUUGUUUUAAUUAGUUUCUGUUUUAUAAUGUCUUGUGGUUUGCUUUUGUCCUUAUUUAAGCGUUUUCAUCAAAUAGACCAUAGAAGAUUAAGUAAAUUGUAAUGUUGUAGGGUCUGCAUCGUGGUGAAUUGUGUUCUGGUCAUAUAAAUAAAAAAUUAUAAUUUUAUCA